AUGAAUAGGGAGGAGGUGGUGGUCAUUGUAGGGGGUGGGCCCGCUGGGCUCGCCGCUGCCGCAUGCCUGAACGUUUGCCUCAUCCCCAACGUCAUCCUUGAGAAGGAGGGCACCCACGCUCACCUCUGGAAGAAUAAGACCUACGACCGCCUCAACCUCCACCUCGCGAAAGAGUUUUGCAAUUUACCAAACCACCCCUUCCCAGACUCAACACCAACAUACAUUUCAAAGAAAACCUUCAUCACCUAUCUCGACGACUACGUCGAGAAGUUCCAUAUCAACAUUCGAUACAAGACUACCGUGAAAACGGCGUUCUAUGAUGAGAAGGAGAAUAAGUGGGUGAUUUGGGUAAGAGAUGAGGCGAGCGGAGAGGAGGGGGAGUAUUUGGCGAGGUUUUUGGUGGUGGCAACGGGAGAGAAUGCGGAGGGGUUGGUGCCGGAUGUGAAGGGCUUGGAGAGUUUUGACGGGGAGGUGAUUCACUCUUGUGAGUACAAGUGCGGAGAGGGGUACUUUGGGAAGAGGGUUUUGGUGGUCGGGUGUGGGAACUCUGGCAUGGAGAUUGCCUACGAUCUUUCGAAUUUUGGCGCCAAAACUUUUAUUGUGGUCCGAAGCCCGUUUCAUGUGAUGAGAAAGGAGUUGAUACAUUUGGGCAUGGUUCUUGCAAAAUAUUUGCCAACUAAGGUAGUAGACACCCUCCUCCUCAUCCUCAACUGGUUCCACUACUUCAACCUAUCCAAAUAUGGAAUCAUUAAGCCAACCAUGGGCCCUCUCUCCCUCAAGGCAGCAACCGGGAGGUCUGCAGUUAUUGAUGUUGGUACAGUUAGCAAGAUCAAGACUGGUGAAAUUCAGGUUGUUAAAGAGAUACAGAGUGUGAGUGGUAGCGAGGUGGAGUUCAAAGAUGGAAAGAUAUAUGAUUUUGAUGCUAUAAUUUUUGCGACUGGUUAUAGAAGCGUUGCAAACAAAUGGCUAAAGGAUGAAGGUUGGUUGAUGAAUGAAGAUGGGUUUCCUAAAAAGAAGUUUCCUAAUCACUGGAAGGGGAAGAAUGGGCUCUAUUGCGCAGGUUUUGCUAGGAGAGGGUUAGCUGGGAUAUCCAUGGAUGCACAACUGAUUGCCAAGGAUAUUGAUAUGCUUUAUGAAAGGAACCAAGCAUGCAAUAAAUUAGAGUGA